AAGAGCCAGCAGCCAGGCAGCAGGGAGGGGCGCUCCUCUGCUGAGGCACAGCAACAGAAUCAUCAUCAGAACAGGCAGCAGCUCACUGGGUAAACAGACAGAGUCUCCAGCCCUGCGCUAAACUGCACAGUGAGUCAGCUGAGCACCCGGGGACCCCAACGUGCCGACCAGCCUCGAUGAAUGAAUCCAUGAAUUCAUGAGUGAAUCUGUCUGCUCGUUUUUUUUUUCUUUUUGGAGGCUGGGGGGUGGACCAGAAGAGGCGAGGAUGCAACUCUGGAGAGUCUGACACGAACACGCUGAAGUAUCGGAGCGGGCGUGUUGACGCAUAAUCCCGCCCGCCCCGCUGGCUCUGGGAGGAGGAGGAGGGGGGGGGGAAUCUACCCUGCCUAAACUCAAAUCCUCCAGAAGAGAUUUACGGAGCUGCCGCUGCGGGUUCAGCUUUCUGCACGACGCAACGCUCCCUCUCAUUUUGCGACCACCUGUGCAGGCUCCGAGGGGAUAACGGAUGGAUUUUAGCAUCGCUGGAAUACGCACUUGUCGAUCAUUCAAGGCAGAGGACAAAUCGGUCUAUAAUAAUUAGGCUAUAAAAGAGGAGUGUGGGUGGGGGGGGGGGGCGAAAGAGCGGAGUGGAAAGGAGCGCGUCAGUGCGCCGCGGACGGUGUGGCCGGAGAGGAGUGGACAGGACCCUUGUCCGAGCAUCGUCCCCAUCACAGGUGUCUUCAUCUCGACUGUGCGCCGAUUCCGCCGGAGACCCUGGAGCCAUGAGCGGCCCCCCGCCGGUGCCCCGGCCCGCCUGCUGACCGCGCCGGGCAGGAUGGGCGCCCGUCUGCCGCUUUCAGCAUCCCGAAUUCAGCCGAUUCAUCAAUGGAGGAGGAGAGCGACACCCGGAAAAUUAACAACAGCUUCCUGCGCGACCACAACUAUGCAACCGAAGCUGACAUUAUCUCCACUGUGGAGUUUAACUCAUCGGGGGAGCUGUUGGCCACUGGGGAUAAAGGAGGAAGAGUGGUUGUCUUCCAGAGGGAGCAGGAGAGUAAGACACAACCCCAGCGUCGAGGGGAGUACAAUGUUUACAGCACAUUCCAGAGCCACGAGCCCGAGUUUGACUACCUGAAGAGUUUGGAGAUAGAGGAGAAGAUAAACAAAAUCAAAUGGCUGCCACAGCAGAACGCAGCGUACUUCCUGCUCUCCACAAACGACAAAACUGUGAAGCUAUGGAAGAUCAGUGAAAGGGACAAGCGUCCGGAAGGCUACAACCUGAAGGAUGACGACGGACGCAUCCGAGACCCGUCGACCAUCACCUCGCUGCGGGUGCCGGUGCUGCAGCCGAUGGAUUUGAUGGUUGAGGCUACAGCCAGACGCGUGUUCAGCAAUGCUCACACGUACCACAUCAACUCCAUCUCUGUCAACUCUGACCUUCAGACCUUCAUCUCCACUGACGACCUGCGGGUGAACCUGUGGAACCUGGAGAUCACUGACCGCAGCUUUAACAUUGUGGACAUCAAGCCAGCCAACAUGGAGGAGCUGACGGAGGUAAUAACCUCGGCAGAGUUCCACCCGCAGCAUUGUCACACCUUUGCCUACAGCAGCAGCAAGGGCUCCAUACGCCUCUGUGACAUGAGACAGGCUGCGCUCUGUGACAGGCAUUGCAAAUACUUUGAGGAGCCAGAGGAUCCUUCCACGCGUUCCUUUUUCUCGGAAAUCAUCUCAUCCAUCUCAGACGUAAAGUUCAGCCACAAUGGACGCUACCUGAUGACAAGGGACUACCUCACUGUCAAAGUGUGGGACCUCCAAAUGGAGAACAAACCACUUGAGACCUACCAGGUUCACGAUUAUUUAAGAGGCAAGCUCUGCUCUCUGUAUGAGAACGACUGCAUCUUCGAUAAAUUCGAGUGCGUCUGGAACGGCUCAGACAGCGUCAUAAUGACGGGAUCGUAUAACAAUUUCUUCAGAAUGUUCGACCGGAACACCAAACGAGACGUCACACUGGAAGCCUCCAGAGAGAACAGCAAACCCAGGGCUAUUCUGAAGCCUCGCAAGGUGUGUGUGGGCGGGAAACGUCGCAAGGAUGAGAUUAGCGUAGACAGCCUCGACUUCAGUAAGAAGAUCCUGCACACGACAUGGCACCCACACGAGAACAUCAUUGCUGUAGCAGCCACCAACAACCUUUACAUCUUCCAAGACAAGGUGAACUAAAAAAGCAGCCAGCCCCUGCUAGCCCGUGUCCCCACACACGUGAGGGGCCACUGCCUUCGAUUCCCCCGCUCUGCUUCAGAGGCGCAGAGUCAAGUAUCCUGUGACUGAAGUGGGGAAGUCAGCAGAAAGGAUUUUGAGAGGCGCAAAACGGAUACGAAGAAAAAGGGCCUCAUUCCACAAUUUGACUUCUACUUUAAUUUAUUUAGCCACGCGGACACCCGAAGAAUGAAAUCCUGUGCAUUUAUGCAACAAGAGGAUCGCUGCAUGAAUAAUGUGAUGUAGCAGCCCUCUGGACCCUGAAAAAAAAAAGGGCAGACAUGGGAGCACUCAAUAAAAAAAAUUAAAUAAAGAAAACACAGAGCACACAGACAGAAAGGAGGCUUACAUGAUGGUGGCUCAUUGUCAUGUAGCAGCAGUGCCCCCUGUCCUUCAAUCUGCUCAUGCUACCACGUAUGUGACGAUCCCCGCCGCCUCUGACUGUGGGGGACGUUUUGGACAGCGUAGCCUGCUGCAGAAGAAGAAGAACAGACUGUUAACGUCGGACUCCGGAAACUGACAGAGCACAGUCAGUCUUAUUAGUACCAGUUUUGUGUCUCCUUGUUGAGACAGCUGUAGUCUGUAAUGUGAAUGAAGCCCUUCCAGGCCGUGUCAACUGUUUUAUUUAACGCUGUCGUUAUGUUCAGUCUUUCUCUCGGUCAAUGAGUCAGUUUAGAAGCUGUGGUGCCUUCUUUUGGUAUGUGGGGGCUCGAUGUAGUGGGUGGGGGAGGGGGAGGGGGAAUGUGUGAAUGUUUUAAAUGAAAUCUUAACUUAGGAGCUUCUCGUUUGUUUGCUUUUCCCCUAUUUCUUUCUCUCUUUAACCAGAAGAAGAAGAAAAAAAACCCUGCCGUGAAAGUUCACAGAGUAAAAAGUGCUUGAGGCAAAUUAGUCAAGCUCACCUUAAAGCACCCGGUUACAUGCUUGUGAGCUCAGGAGAGAAUGCUCUGAUUUGUACAAAGUAACUGCAUCUGUGUCUGUCUGAUGUCAUCGGUCUGUAAGAGACAUGUCAAAGCCACUUUUUCUUUUUAUCGCGAUAUUCCUGUGGAGAAAAAUCUGAACCUCAUGCCACGUUUGAAGCUUAUUUGGGUUGUGCUUGAGCUGAUCUGUAAAUGGUAGAACCGUAAAUGUGUCGUGUCAAAUCCCUGAACUGGACACAAGAUAAUCUUUCCUUGGCAUUAAAGUCUUUCGCAUGUGUGCGAUCUGACAUUCGGUUGAAUGAACAUGUGCAGAUCAUUUGAGGCACCUUACAUUUAACGGCUCUCAUCGGACGAUGCCAGUUCCAAGGGGUUUUAUUUGCAUUUGCUGCUGUGCUUCUGCAUGCUUUUCAUCCUGCUGGAGAUGGGCAGCGUGACGCAGCCGCAGGUUGCCUCGCAGCGCUCGGUAUAGAUCAGUGCGGAGACCGUUACUCGUCUCAGAUUUGUUCCAAGAGCCAACUCCCCCAAAGCAAAGCAGUCAAAGGUCUAACUGUACUCUGUGAAAUCAGGGAAUAAUUAAGUGUGAUUCAAUUAACAGUAAUGUCUUCUAAACAAGAACCUUUGUGACUCUUCUAAUUAAAACGAGACAAUUUUUUAUAGCUCAGAAUGUAUUGAAAUGCAAUGAAAUACCAUGCAGACUUUAUGCUUACUGGACUUUUUUCUUUGAAUAAAAAACAAUAAAGAUGUGCAAGC